UAUACCUGGGCAGAAUACAUUAAACCUACAUACAUAUACCCCGGCAUCCCCCAAUUGUCUAUUUUGCAAUGUCUAAUAAUUUCCUGGGACUUUUAAAACAAAGUGCUUGGAUGCAGAAUGUUACACAUUUGGAAAAGUGGUGGGCUGAAAUAUGUCCAGGGAAGAAAUCCUUGUGAGAGUAAUCAUUGGCUUCAACCUCUGGAUGAAGUGCCCCAUUUUCAGUGUUUAUGAGCAGUUAUGUUGUUGGUUGCUUCCUUGACGCAACCUCACAUUAAUUCAACUGUGUUUCUCCUUCAAUUUGCAUCAGAGAGAGUUAGAACGGGAGAAGAUGGGCAUCAAAUCCUUCUUUGAGAAAAUGCAGAGGUUUCUUGAGGAGAAACAGCAUUUCUGCUUAGUUCAAUUGGAAGACCUGGAAAAAGAGAUGGAGAAAAGGCAAGAAAAAUCUCUCACCAAACUCCGUGAAGAACUUUUCCAAGUCGGUCUGCUGAUCACAGAGAUGGAAGAGAAGUGUCUGCAGCCAGCCAGUGAGUUCCUGGAGGACAUCCACAAUUCCAUGGUCAGGUAAGGAUGUGGCUCUUUCUCUACUGCACUAUUAGAGCACUAUUAGGGCUGGUCUACACAUGUGUGUUUUAUGUAAAUUGGUGCAGAUUUUCAUACCUUCAAAUCAACUCAUUUUGUCUUCACUUAUUUCUUGCAUAUUCCAGCAUAUUCACACCUAUGCGAUUUCUGUUGGUCACAUACAGCACCAUUAUUAUUAUAUUUUGGCUGUCAGUCAAAGGAUGUGGACCUAUGCACUUGUGCUUUCAUUAUCAUCUAUCUUGACCCCUCGCCCCCCCUUUUCCUCCCAAGAGGUUAGCAUUGUACUUUCCUCCAGUGAUCUAGUGUUUAGAUCCAUUUGAUUAUCGUAUGCUGCAGUUUCCUGAAAACAGGAGCUUAGUUCAUCUCUUCUCUCCCCACUCCUGUGCUUGACAUAUGGAAGAACAGGGGCAGACUUUUAGUAUAAUUUGCCCUCUCUGCUCCUUGGC